AUGCUUAUUUUAAGUCACUUCAUAUCAAUCUAUAUUUUUCUCUCUCUCUCUCUAUGUCAGCCUGUUUGUAUCUAUCUAUCUAUCUAUCUAUCUAUCUAUCUAUCUAUCUAUCUAUCUAUCUACCUAUUUCAAUUUGCUCAUUAUCUAUCUAUCUAUCUAUCUAUCUAUCUCAAUUUGCUCAUUAUCUAUCUAUCUAUCUAUCUAUUUCAAUUUGCUCAUUAUCUAUCUAUCUUAGCUUGUUCAUCUAUCUAUCUAUCUAUCUAUCUAUCUAUCUAUCUAUCUAUCUACAUUAUUUGGACUAUUAUCUUUAUCUAUCUAUCUAUUUCAAUCUGCUUAUUAUCUAUCUAUCUAUCUAUCUACUUCAUAUUUGCCUGCAAAUUGCUUUUCUUUAAAACUCAAUUUCUCUCUCUACCUUUCUUUCUUUUCUUUCUUUCUUUCUUUCUUUCUUUCUUUCUUUCUUUCUUUCUCUCCCCCCUCUCUCUCUGUCCUUCUCUCUCUAUACUUCUCUCCCAAAGUCCUUCGUUAAUUGCUGUGAACGUCUCUCUCUCUCUCUCUCUCUCUCUGUCUGACAUUUCUUUAUUAUUUCUCACUCUCUCUUUCCUUCUUUCUUUCUUUCGUUUUUUCUUCCUUUCUUUAUAUCACGAUUUCUUUCUUUCUUUUUUCUUUCUCUGUUUCUUUUCUCUAUCAGACAUUAAUUUUUGUUUUUCACCCUUUCUUUCUUUCUUUCUUUCUUUUUUCUUUCUUUCUUUCUUUCUUUCUUUCUUUCUUUCACGCUUCCUUUCUUAUUAUUCUUUCUUUCUUUCUUUCUUUCUUUCUUUCUUUCUUUCUUUCUUUCUUUCUUUCUUUCCAUUCAUCAUUUUCUUCCCCUUUAUCUAUCCUUAUUCUCCCUUUUCUUCCCCACUUUCAUCAUCUCUGACUAAACAGAUUAAUGAUAUGCAUAUUGAAGCUACAUACUCUUCCUCUAAUUAUAUCUAUUACAAUCAUGUAUUCAUUAAAUCUGCAAUAUCUAUCUACCUGUCUGUCUAUCUAUCUAUCUAUCUAUCUAUCUAUCUAUCUAUCUAUUCACAUGUCUAUCUACCCCUCUCUCAGAUCUAUCGUACCCCAUUCUUUUGUACGUUUCACAAUCUAGCUAUCUAUCUAUCUAUCUAUCUAUCUAUGUCUAGCUGUCCGUUUUCAUCUAUCUAUCUAUCUAUCUAUCUAUCUAUCUAUCUAUCUAUCUAUCUAUCUAUGUCUAGCUGUCCGUUUUCAUCAAUCUAUCUAUCUAUCUAUCUAUCUAUCUAUCUAUCUAUCUAUCUAUCUAUAGCUGUCCGUUUUCAUCUAUUUCUAUCAUCUAUCUAUCUAUCUAUCUAUCUAUCUAUCUAUCCAUCUCAUCUAUCUAUCUAUCUAUCUAUCUAUCUAUCUAUCUAUCUAUAUAUCUAUCUAUGUCCGUCGUCUAUCUAUCUAUCUAUCUAUCUAUCUAUCUAUCUAUCUAUCUGUCUGUUCAUAUCUACUUAUCCUCUGAUGUUUUGUCGGUACCAUUUCUUUUGGCUGCUCACACGUGUCUUUGGGAAAUACCGUCAUGGAACGGAGGCGGCUGCUGCUGCAGAUUUGGUAAAUGGAGAAUAUUUCCUUAAUCAUCUAGCUCUGAUCUGA